UUGGGUUGUCUUCUAAUAAGUUCUCAAAAAACCGUGUUGUGAAUUCAAAGCAAGAGAACAGAGAGGAGUGAGAGAUUUAAAUAACGUUCCUGGUUUUCUCUUUCUGCAUAUUCUUCGCAUCUAUCCGGCAGCUUUCUAAUUUCCGUUUUCUUACCAUCGAAAAGGGAGUUUCCAGUUGAUUCACUAUCGAAAAACGUAUUCUUACCAACCAUCUUCAAAUCGAAAAACGUAUUAGAAAUCAAAUUUCACUGCGGGAUAUAUAUUUUUAGAGAGAGAGAUUUGGAUUUCGGUGGAGGCAUUGGAUCUGACUCGAGAAAUCGCAGCCGGGGUGUUUAAUUUGGAGAUGCUCACUUAAGAAGCUCUUUCAGAUUUAGACGUGUGAAGUGCCAUAGUUGGGGGGAAAACCAAUGAAAAACGGGAUGAUGGAGUGCAGUGUCUGCCGUUCGAGGUUGGUUUCCCCAACUAACAGAGCUGUUUCAAGGGCUUAUGAUCGUCAUAAGAGCAGAGUAUCCUCUAAGCUACGUGCCCUCAACAUCCUUUUGGUAGGUGAUUGUAUCCUAGUUGGACUACAGCCUAUUUUGGUCUACAUGUCCAAGGUGGAUGGCCGCUUCAUGUUCAGCCCUAUUAGUGUUAACUUUUUGACAGAGGUUGCAAAAGUUCUGUUUGCAAUUGUUAUGCUUCUAUGCCAGGCUAGGCAUCAAAAAGUUGGAGAGAAACCUCUUCUUUCCAUAUCAACAUUUAUUAAGGCAGCUCGCAACAAUGCUCUUCUUGCUGUUCCUGCACUUCUCUAUGCAAUCAAUAAUUAUCUGAAGUUCAUCAUGCAGCUAUAUUUCAAUCCUGCAACUGUAAAGAUGCUUAGCAAUCUAAAGGUUUUGGUUAUUGCCCUUUUAUUAAAGAUGAUUAUGAAGCGCCGGUUUUCCGUAAUACAGUGGGAAGCUCUUGCUUUAUUGCUCAUUGGAAUCAGUGUAAAUCAGAUGCGUUCUUUACCUGAAGGUACUACUGCAUUGGGCCUUCCGGUUGCUACGGGUGCAUAUAUGUACACACUGAUCUUUGUAACUGUUCCCUCAUUGGCAUCUGUUUAUAAUGAAUAUGCUCUGAAGAGCCAAUACGAUACGAGCAUUUACCUUCAGAACUUAUUUCUAUAUGGCUAUGGUGCCAUAUUCAACUUCCUGGCAAUAUUAGGAACAACUGUUGUCAAAGGUCCCAGUAGCUUUGAUAUUCUGCAAGGUCAUUCCAAAGCUACUAUGCUUCUGAUACUUAACAAUGCGGCACAAGGAAUUUUGUCUUCUUUUUUCUUCAAAUAUGCAGAUACAAUUUUAAAGAAAUACUCCUCAACAGUGGCCACAAUCUUUACAGGCAUAGCAUCUGCCAUCUUGUUUGGUCAUACUUUGACCAUUAACUUUAUUUUAGGGAUUUCUAUUGUUUUCAUCUCCAUGCACCAGUUCUUUUCACCCCUUGCAAAAGUCAAAGAUGAACAACAAAAUGGGAAGAUGGAAUUAGUUGAUGUUCAGGAAGAUCACAGGUUUCUGCAUCCACCUUUCUUUUUAUGAUUUUCUGAUAGACAAUUGAAUAUGUUGUCUGUUAGUAUAACCUUAGUGGUCUUAGUUUGAUGAAUGAUGUUUAAAUAUCGAUGGCAUAUGGCCAGAACUCAUGUAACUACGAUAUAAUUCAAGCUCCAUAUUAGGGACGGAAUGAAUGAUGAUAAAUGAUUUCUUGAAAAUUAUUUUACAUCAUCUGUUAAAAGUGAGUUCAUUUUUUUUUUCUAUCUUGGG